UCCCACACUAUUCAGACCGGCGAAAUCGGUGCCAGCACACCACGAGCUAAGAGAACACGCAAGGUCCUGCUUGAGCCUGGCCACGGGUGUGCGCUUUUACUACACCAGCAUACGGUCGCAACUUAGUCCAGCGUCCCGCAUCUGAAUAGUCUUAACCCGAAAGAGAGGGAGAGAAAGGGAGAGGGAAAGGGAGAGAUAGAGAGAGACUGCCAGCGUCUUCACAAUCAGCGCAGCCAAGGAAACCCGUUGAAACGUCCCCCCCAAAUCCCCCUCUGCUCAAGAGAAAGAAGGGGGUGAGAAGAGGAGACACGCAAACAAAAGCAUUCCUGUCCGGCUUUCAGCUCCAAAAGAGUCGCCUGAGUUGGGCAAAAUUAUUUAGGCGCUCUUCAAACACAAAAUUCAAGAGGAUAGGCGUAACAGGACAGCGUCUAGGGCUGCAUCAGCACCAGCAGCAACAGGAGUAGCGGUUGCAAUCUCAUCACUUCUUAGUCGACUUUUGGAGCCAAAGACUCAAAAAGCCCCCCUCUCACCUCCAAGUAACCUGCCCCAGUCAGCGGAACCAUCAAGAUGCGCGUCACCUGGGCAAUACUAACAUUAGGCUUGCUGUGGACUACCCAUGUCCAGAGUGAAGACACAGACGUGACAACAAAGGCCACUACUGCAGUAAUCACGACCACUGCUAAGGUUGCGACCGCGCCUCCAACAACAACUGCUGCUUCUCCAAGUGCCAUCACAACUGCUGCAGUCACCAAUGCGACUACUACAGCCAUGUCAGCUCCUGCUGCUACAAGUCCCACCAGUAAAGUUGCAGUCACAGCCGCAGCCACAGCAGCACCUGCUGCUGCUGCUGCUGCUACUACUACAGUGGCAGUCGUGCCUACGACCGUACCAGCACCUCCUGGUUCAAACACCAGCAAAGAUUCUGCAGACAAGACCACGGGGACGGUGACCACCAUUUCUCCUACCAGUAAAACCAUCCCACUCCCAAAGGAUGUCCCCACAACAUCCCCCAACUCUGGAUCUACACCGUCAGUGAGUGGGAGUCCAACAGUCUCUGGGGACAAAGCCACCGCUCUGGCUCCACACGAUGCUAACAGCAGCACCAGUGAUCCUGGCAGCCUCAGCUCCAGCUCCAACACCAGCUCCAGCCCCAGCCCCUCCGUGUCUAUGGGGGUCACAUCAGGCUCCGUGCCGACCAGUACGCAACCCUCUACUACCACUACAGCAGCAACCACUGAGAAGAUCACCACCGUGCCCACGACUACCACCACGACUUUGCCCACGACCACUCCUACACCCAGUCCAUUCAGUUAUUUCUUCAGGAAGACGGACAACAGCCAGGGUGACUCCACUCUGGGCAAACUUUGCUCCAAGCUCCUGGAAAUUAUAACCGACGGUAACUGUUCCUUGUCAGGCAAAAAGAAACACAAUGGCGACUACCAGUUUGAGAAAGUCAUCGUACACGGAGAUGUUAACAUCAGUGUUGUGGAGAGCCAUUAUAAUAAGGAAGUUGAUGAAAAGAAGCCCGAUGAGACGAAAGAGAGUUCUGAGGAGAGUGACUACACCACUCUGAUCGCCAUCUUGGCCUCCUGUGGGGCUGUAGCCCUCAUCAUAGUGUGCCUCGCCAUAUACACCUAUCGCCACGGUAAAAACUACCGCAAGAAUCAGCAACACCUGACGGAGGAGCUGCAGACGGUGGAGAACGGUUACCACGACAACCCCACGCUGGAGGUGAUGGAGGUACAGCAAGAGACAGCCAUGGAGAAGAGGCCCAACGGCGAGUUCAACGACAGCUGGAUCGUCCCCAUUGACAACCUGAUCAAGGACGACCCCGACGAGGAGGACACACACCUGUAGAAGCACACAGACACACAGACACACACACACAGACACACACACACACACACACAGAGAGAGAGAGAGAGAGGCACAUACAUACUAGUUGUCAAGACUAGAGCUUACACACACCAGCACAGUUGUUACACAAAUACACACUCACACACACAUGGCUGCUUAUAAUGAGUCAAGUCUGACAAGCUCACACACACUUAACUCUCCACUGGACUUCAUUAAUGGUGUCUAGAAUCAAAUUGAAUCAACUGGGUCCAACCUUUACACUUAAGUGCUUAUCCAACACUCUCUCAUAAGGAUUUUGAACUCAUCAUCUUGCUUGAUCAGAGGACAGAAAAAUGUCCCUGGAACUCCACACACUUCUCAGUGGAAGGUUUCCAGACUACAUCAUCCUGCAAUCACUGUGCUGAGAAAUAGUCUAGCAGAGCCAAACUAACUGUCCCUUGUGCUGCUGCUGCAGUGUCUACUGUUACACUGAACGUUCUCUGUCUAGAAUAUAAAACGGAAGCCCCCACCCCAACACAACACAACACAUAUCUUACACCUCUCCCUGUGUCAGAUUAAAUCCAGUGUGAUCGUAAUGCUCCCCACUGAAAGCUUUUAGACUAGGCCUAUGCUUACUACAUGUGUGGGAGGACCUCAAUUACCUAAACCAGUUGCGUUAUGCUCAUCAAGGGCGCCGUUGUUGGGAUCAGUAAGGCUGUAUGUAGCAGGGAAAGAUGGCAAACAAAG